GUCGACGUCAGACAAGUGUGAUUUAUAUAUAUAUAAGAAUUUUGCUCCUCGACCACGUCGGAUGUUACAAUAAGCAAGGCUCGCUCAAGACAACGGUUGCAUACCUUGAAGCUCACACCGGCUUCUGGCACACCUGGUCUAAGCUCAUCUUCGUCAUCUUCGUAUUCCCAUUCGUCUUCCUCGUCCUUAUCUUCAUCGCGAACUACAUCGUGCUGCAAACCACCAUACAUACAUUUGUGUGACUUACUUACCUCCGCAGACACUGGCGCACACCCAUCCCAGACAAGUCCUUGUGCAGUGUGUACACCGCCGCCAUUACCACGGAAAUCUUCACAAAGUUUUAUCGUCUCUCCUGCGUCGAUACCUUCCAUGCGCAAUCACCACCGUCCACGGGAACGCGACUUGCUCUCCGAGAAUCGUAACCAGGAACUGAGUGCAGACGACGAUGAAGACACGACCAAUGCUAUAUAUACUGCUAGACGCACUCGAAGCAAUCAAGAAAUACACCGUCAUGCUAAUACACGAUCAGCGAAGGACUCACGAGCGAGUGGGUUUCAUGCGUUCCUAAACGUGGGCCUUGGCUGGCGGAGGCCCAAGUCAGAGCAGAUAACGACUGCUCCAGGACAAUUAGGUGCAGGUGAAACUGAGACCGAGGCUGACGAACCUCCUCGACAUCUUCCGACGACGCGUAUCCUACCUGCCUCAGGUCCAUUAGUUCCACCAAGCACUCUAACAACUCUACUUUUCGAUGUAUCGCGCCUCUUGUCUGUCGUCCCCGCUUCAUUAGGCGCGCUAAUAAAUGCCUGGUGUGCGUGGAAACCUCCAGGUCUGGACUCAGAACACUUCGCUCCUGGUUCGUGCUCUCGAGAGCAUGAUAGUUGGGGUCGUGUCGCCUUGCCGGACAGAGCUGAUUAUCUCCUGGCUGUGCUUUGGGCGUUACUGACAGCACACCAAUGCCUCCAGUUAACAACCGGACUCCUUCACCGGUGGCGUGCCUACUACGCCCCUUUAUCCACCCUCAUACGCCUUCUCGCUUUGCAGGCCAUUUGUUGGCCUGCAACCCACUUUACGCUUGACAUUCUUGGCGGACUAGGUUUUAAUGUCGAUAUGACAUUUUCUACAUCAAAUAUCUUGGACAGCACACUGCUGCGUUGGACCACAAUACGUCCGGAUGUGUGCUGGGCUGUCAUAGGGACGACGACGUGCAUUUCUCGCAGCAUCCAAAUAUGGGUGACAAGCAACCUGCUCCCAUCUGAUACAGACACUCGUGUAUCGGCGGUCCCUGAUCGUCUCCGGCCCCAUGUGAAAAGUAAGGGCGAGGAGACACGCAAAUUGGUCGGACGCCGGUGGGAUUGGCGUAUCGUUGCAAAGGUCUGUAUGUUACCUGCAGGAUGUUUGUAUUUUGUCAUGGCGUGGAUUGGUGCAUGGAGGAGGGAGACCUGGAACUGCUAGAGCUGUAGGUCACUUCCAUUUGUACCUGUUGUUUUAUGCAUCGAUAUCCCCGUAUGUUGAAUAUACAUCAGGCCAU